CUUCCUAUACUAAAAGUAUCUUGUUGUAUACUUAUCAAAUAGGAACUACUAUGUUAUCAUGAUUUCUUGUAGGCAAUUAAAAUAAUUAAGCUAUCUGUCAUGCUUUCUAAUCAAGUGUUCUUAUUCUAGCUGACAAAUCCAGACCACCUUCAUCAAGCCCUUCCAGCAUUAUUCGCCGGACUUCCUCACUGGAUACACUUGCUGCACCAUACCUGGCUGGACAGUGGCCUCGUGAUAAUCACGGACAAGCUGCUCCGUGUAUGAGAGACAAAGCCACACAGACAGAAAGUGCCUGGGCUGAAGAAUAUUUGGAAAAGAAGAGAAGCUCACACAAACGUUCAGCAUCAUGGGGCAGCAAUGAUCAACUCAAGGAGAUUGCAAAACUACGUCAACAGUUGCAGAGGAGCAAACACAGCAGCAGGCAUCAUCGCGAUAAAGAAAGACAGUCUCCAUUUCAUGGUAACCAUGCAGCCAUUAACCACAGUCAGGCUCCCAUCCCAAAGAGUGCUCUUGUUCCUGUGAUACCUAUUACCAAAUCAACAGGAUCACGAUUCCGAAACAGUGUAGAAGGACUGAAUCAGGAGAUUGAGAUAAUAAUUAAGGAGACGGGAGACAAAGAGGAACAGCUUGUUCCUCAAGAUAUUCCAGAUGGGCACCGUGCACCACCUCCGUUGGUUCAGCGUAGUAGUAGUACUCGCAGCAUUGAUACCCAAACGCCUGGUGGAGCAGACGUGGGUAGCAACAACAGCAGCCGCUCCCAGUCAGUAUCUCCAACCUCAUUUCUUACCAUCUCUAAUGAAGGCAGUGAAGAAAGUCCGUGUUCUACAGAUGAUCUUAUUGCUGAUUCCAGAGAUAAAGAGAAUGGUAAUAAUUCUCCCUUGCCAAAAUACGCUACCUCACCAAAACCCAACAACAGCUACAUGUUCAAGCGUGAACCUCCAGAGGGCUGUGAAAAGGUGAAAGUCUUUGAGGAAAGCUUGCCAAAAGCAUUGCAUGAAAUUCCAGCCUUCUACUGCCCUGACAAGAACAAAGUGAAUUUCAUUCCUAAAAGUGGCUCUGCUUUCUGUCUUGUCAGCAUCCUCAAGCCACUUCUUCCCACACAGGAUCUCACACUUAAGGGCACUACUCACAGCCUGACUGUCUCCUCCGGCAUGACACCCAGUUUGUUACAGCCCAUUUCUAUGGCCUCCUUGUCUACAAACACAGAUCAAGACAGGAUCUCUCGUGGAACAAGUACAGUAAUACCACAGACCUCUAUACUCCAGCAAUCGGGACAUAUUGAGGAAACUGAAGGAUAGAUUUAGAUUGUCUUGACAUUUCUCUGGGCAACUACUGGGAAAAAAUUGGAACCAGUUGACUGGACCUUUCGAUCACACUAUUUGCAUUGUUUUAACAGUUUAUGGCACUGUCAUAAUUUGAACUGUUUAUAUAAUUGACAGUUUGGUAGCACAUUGAGAAGUUCAGAAGGAUGCAGCAGCUUGAUGCUCUGUUGCACUUUCUGCUUAUGAAGACUCUGGUUCUGUUUCUCUCCUGCUUUUUUAAACACUGGUGAAAACAAAGACUGUCAUAAUCCUUUGCCAUUUAAAGGACCACUUGUGAUGCUGUGUGUCCUUUGACUUUUUUUCCCCAUUAAAACAAAAAUCUCAAGACCAACCAGCUGAUCCCAUUUACCAUUGUAAUCUGCAGAGGGAGGGGCAAUCAGAUGGUUUUGCAAGAUGUCUUUUGUAUGAAAAUGUGUAUUUUGUAACAAAAAUUUGCCUUUUCUUGUGUGUAGCAGAUGGUGUUUAGAAGACACUUUCCUGAUGACGACACCCCCCUCCCUUUUCUUUUCUUUUUUUUUUUAAGGGAAGGUUCUUUUUUACUUGGCUGUUUUACAGCUGCUGGGACCAAAGGAUUGUUGAAGUAUUUCAGCAGUCUCAAAUUAUGUGACCUUGCUGAACAGCCUCAGCCCUAAACAAAGUAAGGCAAGUUAAUACAUUUGAAACUUUUAACACAGAAAAGUAUCCAAAAAGCAGUGUUAGUAUAUUAGUGUACACUUUUUUGAUAUCAGAAGUUUGUGCUUCAGGUAAGUCACUUUCUUAAAACUCCUUCCUUCACAGAAUUCUCACCAGUGUUUGUUUAUUGGCUGGAAAAUUGCAUUUUAAAGCACUUUCCCCAGUAUUGUUCUAUUUGUCCAUAGGGUUUUUGUGCAGGGUUGGGGAAAAAACAUGUUCUCCUCUUACUUGGUAUUUUUUCUUCCAGAAAAUAUGCCACUUGCCUCUUACAGGCUUGCUUGGCUACUUACGGAGUUAGUCAGCCUGAAUUGUUGGUCACUCUUGGCACAAAUUUGCUCUGACAUGACUCAUCACUGUAUUAUAGACCCUGGCCACAUAAUACUGAAAUAUCUGUGCAUGAUUUUUUCCCUUUUGUCAUAGUGGAUUUUUGUGUGUCUGUUGAAGAUGGUUUGUCAGGCAUGGUAUCUGUUACACAGAAGUUUACAGCAGCAGAUACAUUCUGCCUUUUUGACUAGCAACUUAGGCUGGCAUGUAAAACAAAGGAUUUUUUGAUACCUGGUCUGUCCUGAUAUGCAGCAGUUUAUGGUUCCUUUGAAAUUACAAUAAAAAGAUUAAAAUGGGGGGGAAAGGCAAUUGCAAAUGAAAACUGUUCAGCCACUUCAGUGAGGUCUCUUAUAUGUUCCUGGAGUGCAUUACUUGGGUUUGAGUAAAUACAGGUUAGAUAUGCAAAAAACUGCAGUGACCUGAAUACCAAUGUCAUAUCAACUUAUAAAACAAAUCGAUCUUGUACCUCUUUUACAGAGUUAGAUUCAGUAAUUUCAAAGUAAGUGUCAUCAUGGACAGUCUCUGGGUCUGAAUAUUGGUCUGUUACACAUGAGCAGUUUUCACUGGUUUGCAUAUACAUAGCUUCCAUGGAUCAGUUCCAUACUCAGGUCCCCUCAUAACUGCAUCUAUUUAAAGAUGAUACUGCAAAUAUAACAGUUUUGUUCAGUGCUUAAUAUGCUAAAUUUGGUUGUAAACAUUGUCACUUGGGAGGAAAAAAAGCCCUGCAUACUUGUGCAGGUAGUUGUAGUUUUGAUACACAUUUACUGUUCCUUUAAAUUCUGCAUAAGUAACUGUGAUAGCAAUGUACUUUACUUAGCAAGUAAGUGUAAAUCAUACUAGCAUGCGCAACUCCUGUGUUCAUAGUAUAAUGAACCCUUAUUAAAACGUUAUGCAAAAAUUCAGCAAAUUAAAAAUGUACCAGGAAUUAUUAAAAUAUUAGACCUGUUAAAUUAACUAACAAGCAGAACUUGGUUUAUUAUCAUUCUUUCCAUCAAAAUAGAUAGGAUUGUGCAGAUGGGACUAAAGAACUCUGUUUUGAACUAACAGCUCUGAUACAAUGAAGAAGUUGUUGAGGGACAGAGUUUUAAAGUAAGUGGCUUUGUGCAGCACAUUUUUGUAAUUUGGCCAGUUGAUAGUUCCUUUCUAGGCUUUGUGAAUAUUAAUUAGUUUCUUCUGAAACAGUUAUAGUGCAAUUUGAAGUCUAAAAUUUACUGCUUUAGAUAAACCUGGUAUGAUUGGAUUCAUGGAAGGUCAGAUCAUUCAGGUGAAGGAAGUGCUUGUAAGUCUGUGUUCUGUUUCUGUAACAGUAGCAUGUAAAGAGUUUCUCCAUCAAUGCCAAGCUGCCUAGUGCUUUAUCCGGAGAUCUUAACUGAAUGGUUAAGAACCAAAGGGCUAAAGUUAACAAAUAGCCUUUAUUACAGCCUUGAGACUUAACUGACUUCACCAAACUGCAUUCAGAUGUGUGUUUUCAUCACAGAGUGACUCUCCCAAAUAGCAGUGGACUUUCUUUUGCACCUGUUGUAGUACUUGAGCAUCGAUUUGGUAGUUUACAUUGUAUGUUAUUGGACAGUGUACUGUACAAAUUAGUGAGCUGCUCUGAUAAAAACCAAAUGUAAAUGUGUGAGGUUUUUGCUUUUUAUAGAAACAAACUGCAUUCAGGACAACAUUCAGUCUUUUUUAUAUUCAGGACAACUCUGCUAUUGCUGUGGCAGCUCUACUUUAUUAUGAAUACACGCUAAAGACUCAGCAUUAAGAAAAUAUGACAGCUCUUGUUCUGAGACCAGCUUUUACAUGUGUGCAUACAAAUAUUAGCCUUAAACUUUUUAUGUGCUGUCUUGUGCCAGAGCAGAGUUGUUAAAUAAAGUAUUUAAAUUUAUUUCAAAAUAGCCUUGAGAGUGCAUGGAGCUUUUUAAAAAUUCUUUUAUGUAUAGAGUGGGGUAUUCAGUUUUUUGGGGGGGGGGUUGAUCCAUGCAUUACUCAAGCAGUUUUACUGAAAGAGUUCAAGUUCUUUUGGCAUACUUUAAAUCUGAACUAUGCAUAGACCUGGUCAGUUCCUUGAUUGCCUACUUUGUAGCUUAAGAAAAAUUAAAGGUCUAUUUUUAUGCACAACUUGGCACACUUGAUAUUCCUGUUUUCUUGGUGUUUUACACUUCUAGCCACACUUAAAGGCUGGCGACAGUGUUCAGUAACACUGACAGUUGAUUUUGAGAUAUACUAAAUGGUGUUCCUCCAGUUGUAAAUCCUGCAUAAGUCACAAGGAAGGAGGUCAUCGUUGUAAUUAAGGUCUGUGGUGGCAGCUAUGACUAUUGGAAUCCUUUUUUCUUUUUUUUUUUUUUUUAAAAAAAAAACUCCAACAAAUCAACUCAAGGCACAAGGGAAGAAGACAUCUGUGUUAAACUUUGAACUUGCUUCAGCUGUUCUUUCCUUGCUUGGUGCCAUAAUCCUGUAGCAACAAAUUUAAGUACAUGGAAGGUAAAAGAUAGUGCUUGAGUACAUAUAUCUUGGAAGGAAAUUCUUGAUUGCACAUACAUAUCUCAAGUGAGAGGAAAAAGGGAGUGAAAAUUAAGUAUUGCAUACUGUGGAAGUAAAUGAUUGCUGUGUUUGAUUUACAUAAAGCAAUAGCAGCUCUUUAAAAGUAUAUUUAGUCUCAGGGCUAUUUUUUGGUUUGUUCUAAAAUACAGUUUCCUGGAGUUGAGAACCUGAGAUUGUUAGAAAACACUGAAGCUGAGCCUUUUAGGAAGAAAAACACAAAGUCAUAUCCGUUAGCCUUUCUUCUGCCUCAGGCCUAACUUCUUGUUGCUUAUUGGGACUAAUAGAAUUCAGUGUUACAGCAAUAAUUCCUUGCUAAGUAUAUAUUCUCUCCCUGCCAUCUCUGAAACACUGAUGUCUUCACAGUAACUCACUGCCAGUGAAAUCCCUGUUUCCUUGCUGAAUACCUGACAGCUUCUCUGUGAAAGGGUGAGAGAGAAUGCAUAAAAGACUUGCAGUUACAAAGAUCAGUGCUGCAGGGUGACUUCUUGGAUAUCUUGAUUUCCAUUUGACUCAUGAGCACAGACACAUACAGUCUGUGUGGGUCUGUUGCUUUUAUCUUUAUGGUUCGAGGCAGGACUGGUAUUUGAAAGAACCUUUUUUAAUGGACAGACUGCAGACCUGUUCCCAUCCAGAACUGAUGUGCACUUAGAUGUAUCUCCAAAGCAAAGCUUAUGUGUAAUUCUUACUUGUUCUCAUGAAAUGAAUAUAACCUGCAAAAAAGACCUUUGACAUAAAAACAUCCAAACACUUGAGAAUGUCAGGACUGUGCUUUCUCUAUAUAAUUCCAUAGUUUUAAGUGUGUGUCCUUUAUCAGAUGUCAUAGCCUAAAGAUGUUGUUAUGGUUUACACCCAAACCAGGUUGGCAUGUAUUAAAACAAAAAUGUUUGCUCUUAAAAAAAGUAAUAGCACCUACAUCUUUCUUAACCUAGGGAGAUGAAAAGCACUGUGGAAGAAUUGGUUUCAUUGUGAUCAAAGAUUUCUUAUGGAAUUGUUUUUCUAAACCUGGGAAUCCCAGGGAACAAAAUGACCACUGAUUGCAAGAUGUACCUGUAUAUUUUCUUGACAUGAGUUUGUGAGUGUUCAGCAACUCUAAAAAUCAGUUCUGCUCUUAGCAUUUUGUUUAUACAAAGAAUGACCUAGAUGCAUUGUUCUGAAACUGUUACUUUGUGUGUCAAGUCAAGUGAGGAGAGAAGGUUAACUAUUCACAAAUGUUUUGUGAAAUUCCAGUCCUGUACCCCAUCUGAACUGCAACAGUUUCUGAAUGCUCCAAAUGUAAAUGGAGUCCUGUUAGCUGCUUGCUCGAUUUCAUUGCAUGUCAUCAGUAAAUACUUAAGGUACGUGCAUCUUUGUUUAAUAAUUCUUCAUUGGGAUGUGUAUUUGACUACGGAGACUUCUGUAGUGUUGACAGGUUUGAAUUGCAGAAGAGGACUUGGCCUGAUAACACUGCAAGUUAAUAUUUCUUACACAAAUUCCUUCUGAAACAACUAUCUUUGGAAAAAUCUAGUAAACUAAAAAAAAUGUAAACCCUUUCUGGUUACCUCAUCUACCCUAAUUAACAGUGUACUGAUAGUUAAAGAACAAUAUUGCUUGGCUUUAUUCUAAAUUAUUUCAUUUAUUGAAAUGUGCAAUUUUUGAGGGUAGCAGUCAGGGGGUGUCCAAAAUUGCCAUUAGAUAUGCCUUUGUAUGAGUUGGCUGAUGUGUUUUCCUCUGUUACACUGUGAUAACUUGUGGAGAUGUUCUUGCAUAUGUUGUAAUGAUAGGUUACUUGUUGCAUGUAAGGCGAUUUUUGUAAGCAAGAGGAAUUCCAGGGAUGUUCUGCAAAAAAAGGGCCUAUUCUGAGUUGAUGUACACUGGUGUAAAACUGGAGCAGCUCGACUAAUUUCAAUGGAAUUCUUGAUUUACACUAGUGUCUUUGCUAUGUGUAGUUAUGCCAGUACUACUUUGCACAAUAUUAUUUUGAAUCUUGAGUUCUGACUUGUGAACUGUUUCUACUGAAAACAGUGAAAAUUUUACAAACUGCAAUAGUGGAAUGGUUUUGGGCUUUUUUUUUUUUUUUGCCUGAAAUAAAGAGUCA